ACAAAACAAGUAUAAAUGAGAGUUGCAAACCAGUAGAUCGAGAGUGGGCACUGACUUCAAACCACUGAAGAUGCUUUCGCACAAAAAUGGCAUUGUGGCUCUGUACAUUCUGUUUACACUACUCUACUCAAUUGCGAGUGUAAAACGCAAAGAUUCUGGUUGGAAGCAAUUAAAAGCCUCACUAAACGCCAAGGCUGUGAACCUUUCCGAUGGAGCUGCCAAAGUUUUCCUCACGAAUCUCUACAAAAACUAUUUCAACGAAACCGGACAAGUGAAGAGAACAAAUACAACUAUCCCAGAAAUCAUUCAUUCUGUGCAAGGAACAGUUUGCGUUAAAACCAACGUUAUUCGUUUCAACAUGAAAGGGAUAAAUGCUAAAGAAUACAUUCAAAAGGCUGAGAUCCGGGCAAAAGUUGACUACUCCACUGAUCAAGACCAGAAUGCGAGUCACCCAGUCAAACUGGGCCUUUACGACAAGACCGCAGGUGUGCUGAUAUCAAAAGCGGUUUUGCAUGGACGAGAUCCAACAUGGACGGUAUUUAUGGUCCCUUCUGCUGAUGUCGCGCGAUGGCUGCGUUCUCCGCACACCAUCCCUGAAGUUCGGGUUGAGGUACUGGCAGACAGCGACAAGCAGAAACCUGUUCCAAAAGUACUGAUGCAUGGCGGCAGGAGCGGACCAUUUCUGGUGGUGUAUACCGAUGCAAGGCGAUUGCACGGUGUAGAGGAUAGUCCUUUUAUAAGAGAUCGUUUUCGCCGAGAUUCUAAGGCGAACACUAACAAGACGGCCGCAAUUCCAUCUCCCAACCCUGCCGAUCUGUGCUCAAGGCGCGAUUUGCAUAUAAAUACCAAACACAUCUUCGGCAAUCUGAUUAUCGCUCCGGUCUCGUUUAACGCCUACGACUGCGCGGGAAAAUGUGACGCGACCUACUCCCCAGGUAGCUUCAGCAAUCACGCCAUCGUGCGCUUGACAGCGGCGCAACACUGGGGACCAGGAUCCCACAUGACUGCGCCAUGCUGCGUUCCCACAAACUACGGCAGUUUAUUGGGUGUUUUGUACACCACACAAGACGGUCACGUGGUUCUUCGUCAAUACAAAGAUAUGGUUGCCACGGAAUGCGGAUGUCGUUAAGAUGGCCAGGCAGAUUCCCGAAAAGCACGUGACUGAAAUGCGCUUUGUAGGUGGCUGUCGCAUAUCUUGCAGCAAAUACUGGACUAAUCAAGUGUGAUUUUGUUUCAGUACAUUUAUAUAACAUAGAAUUUCUUGUAAUGGUUAAUAAAUUUUGUUGUUAAUGCAUAAAUUUAUAUUACAUAUGAAGCUACUACGAUAUGUUGCAAUUUAAAAAAAAGAAAUUAAAAUUAUGAUUUGAGAUAUUGUCAGUUGUUAUAAUUGAAUACCGUAAGAAAGAAAUGCUGUACGCAUAGAGAACAUUUUUCAAUUGCCUUCGCAAACUUUAUUCUUUUCCCUUAGCUCAAUUAAAAUAGCUUAACCCUUUGAAUAGC